GUGGGGGCCGGGCCGGCGCGGUGCCUUACGCCCUUCUGCAGCCAUCUGCAUAUUUUUUCUUUCUUUUUCGCAAUUUUGAACAUUUUGCAGGACGAGGGGUUCGAGGCAGGUGAGAGCAUCCUGCACGUCGCCGAGGAGCCCGCGGGCACUUGGCGCGCUCUCCGGGGACCAUCUGCACUGGGAACCCUAAAGUUUUUUGUUUUUAUUUUCUUAUGCAGAUGUAUUUAUAAAGAUAUAAGUAAUUUUUUUCUUGUCCCCACCGCCUUGAAAACGAGUACUUUUGGCAAAGGACGGAGGAAAAAGCUCAGCAACAUUUUGGGGGGCGGUUGGGCUUUUUUUUUUUAAGAAAAAAAUUUGAGUGCAUCGCGAUGGAGAAAAUGUCCCGACCGCUCCCCUUGAAUCCCACCUUUAUUCCGCCUCCCUACGGCGUGCUCAGGUCCUUGUUGGAGAAUCCGCUGAAGCUCCCCCUUCAUCACGAAGACGUCCAACUUUCCCCCUUUUCUGCAGCAUUUGGUAAAGAUAAAGACAAGGAAAAGAAGCUGGAUGAUGAGAGUAAUAGCCCGACGGUCCCCCAGUCGGCGUUCUUGGGACCCACCUUAUGGGACAAAACCCUUCCUUAUGACGGAGAUACUUUCCAGUUGGAAUACAUGGACCUGGAGGAGUUUUUGUCGGAAAAUGGCAUUCCCCCCAGCCCGUCCCAGCAUGACCACAGCCCUCACCCUCCUGGGCUGCAGCCGGCUUCCUCUGCGGCCCCCUCCGUCAUGGACCUCAGCAGUCGGGCCUCUGCACCCAUUCACCCUGGCAUCCCGUCCCCGAACUGCAUGCAGAGCCCCAUCAGACCAGGUCAGCUGCUGCCAGCAAACCGCAAUACACCAAGUCCCAUCGAUCCUGACACCAUCCAGGUCCCGGUGGGUUAUGAGCCAGACCCGGCAGACCUUGCCCUCUCCAGCAUCCCUGGCCAGGAAAUGUUUGACCCUCGCAAACGCAAGUUCUCUGAGGAAGAACUGAAGCCACAGCCCAUGAUCAAGAAAGCACGCAAAGUCUUCAUCCCCGAUGAUCUGAAGCAGGACGACAAGUACUGGGCCCGGCGCAGGAAGAACAACAUGGCAGCUAAGCGCUCCCGCGACGCCCGGCGGCUGAAGGAGAACCAGAUCGCAAUCCGGGCGUCCUUCCUGGAGAAGGAGAACUCGGCCCUGCGCCAGGAGGUGGCUGACUUGCGGAAGGAGCUGGGCAAAUGCAAGAACAUACUUGCCAAGUACGAGGCCCGACACGGGCCCCUGUAGGAUGGCAGUUUUGUGGGCUGGCUUUCGAAUAGAUGGACAGUGUGUUUCCCGCCUGAUAGCACCACACCCGAAGCAACCUUUCUGACAUCAGCACUUUACCAGAGGCAUAAACACAUCUGACUCACAUUCUGGUGUGCGUGUGCGCGUGUGCACGCGCGCGCGUGCUUGUGCACUUGCCAUGUUAAGGUAGCCCUCUCAUCGUCUUUCAGUUCCGAAAAAGAAAGGUGCCAUGUUUUUACUGGACUGCGGGGACCCUCCCCCCCACCAUGGGGUCUCCUGCCCCUCCCUCCUUCUCCACUCCUGCCCCUUCCCGCGUCGCUCCCCGGUGGCUCCCGCCUACUCUUCCAGGACCCUCUGCCCGGCUUCACCCAGCAGGGCCCUGGUAAACUAGUAGAUCUCAGUUGUCAAGACUACGAGCUCUUGUUUCUGUUUAAUCUGUAAGUUACCAUGCUAAUAAGGUGCACAGAAAUCACUUAGCACUACACUGCAGCUCUCUCUCUCUCAGUUAUAGGUUGCUUUCCUCAUAUUUUCCGUUUUGGUGAUAAUUGUCUUCAAAUUUAAAGUGCUGUUUAGAUUUAUUAGAUCCCAUAUUUACUUACUGCUAUCUACUAAGUUUCCUUUUAAUUCUACCAACCCCAGAUAAGUAAGAGUACUAUUCUAGAACACAGAGUGUGUUUUUGCACUGUCUGUACCUAAAGCAAUAAUCCUAUUGUACGCUAGAGCAUGCUGCCUGAGUAUUACUAGUGGACAUAGGAUAUGUUCCCUAAGAAUUUCACUGUCUUUUAAAACACAAAAAUUACAGUAAUGCAUUUGAGCAUGCCCAGAACAUCCCCAGGACAGGGAACCAGAGGGAAAUGCCAGGUCUCAGAACGAGGGGUUAAUUUAUCAGUGUAGGAGCCAAAAAAAAUUGCAUCUUGGAACAGCUUUUGACAUUGAUAUGUUUGGUUUUGUUUUCUCCCCUCUCCGGUCCCCCCACCCUCCCACUUUUCUAGUUACCUUUUUCCAUAUCCCUCUUGAUACUCAAAACAAUUACUUAAGAUUCAGUUUUCCCCAUUUUUUUGUAAUAUAUAUAUUUUUGUGAAUUAUACCUUGCUGUUUUUAAAAAUCAUUAAUAAGUUAAUAAGUUGAUGUUUUGUAAGACCCUUUAUCCUAGUCGUGUCGUUUUUGAAUGCUUCAUAAAUUAAUGAUUCUGGAGCUUAUGUUUCUUAUUUUCUGUUUGCUUUUUGAACGUAUGUGCUCUUAGAAAGUGGACUUCUGAAAAAUGAAUGUAAAAGACACUGGUGUAUCUCAGAAGAGGAUGGUGUUGUCACAAACUGUGGUCAAUCCAAUCAAUUUAAAUGUUUACUAUAGACCAAAAGGAGAGAUUAUUAAAUUGUUUAAUGUUUAUACAGAGUAAUUAUAGGAAGUUCUUUUUUGUACAGUAUUUUUCAGAUAUAAAUACUGACGAUGUAUUUUGGAAGACAUAUAUUAUAUAUAGCAAAGAGAAAAGGAAAACUAUUCCAUGUUUUAAAAUUAUAUAGCAAAGAUAUAUAUUCAUCAAUGUUGUACAGAGAAGAAGCGCUUGGGGGUUUUUGAAGUCUUUAAUAUUUUAAGCCUAUCACUGAUACAUCAGCAUGUGUUUUGCUUUAAAUUAAAAUUUUAUGACAGUAUCGAAGCUUGGUGUGACAAAUCCCGCUCUAAAAUAUAGAAGGAGCUUUCUCGUUUCCCAUUAGGUCUCAGAAAGAAGUCAGUUAACGUCACCCAAAAGCACAAAGUGGAUGUUAGUCAAAUAUUUAUUGGAUGAUACAGUGUUUUUUUAGGAAAAGCAUCUGCCACGAAAAUGUUCACUUCAAAGUUAUGAGUUCCUGGAAUGAAAUAUCACUGCAAGCACCCCAAACAAUUCUGUUCUCCUCUGUGGGCACGUGCGUCUUAUGCAAUAUGAGGUUGAUAUUGGUGUUAUGUGUAUGGUUUCUAAUUUGAUAAGUGUUUUGACUUUAAAGAUGAUUGUUCUUUUGUUUCACAAAGUUGUGUAAUGUCAAGAGAUUCUGCUGUUAUUGCAAAGAAACAAUUUGUGCUAGAUUAAAACACCCUUUCAUCAUUGGGAUUUUCUAGUCUCCUGCCUCCAGAGUACCUAAUUCUUUAAUGAUCUGGUGGUCUCCUGGUCAGUCCACCCGCAAAGCUUCUGUCAUAGUGUCCUAGUCUUGGGAAACCUGACCAGUAGGAUAUUCCUACUAGGUAUUCUUUUUGUCCUGGGCCACAGAUGACGGUAGGAAGUGGGAGAGCAUUAGAAUCGAAAUGCAUUGUUCAGGUAUACAACUAGUGAAAUGAGUAAGACCUUUGGCCAAGUUCUGAAGCAGAACUGAAUAAGCGGUAUUCAGUAAGAGACACAGGUGGACACGCAAAGUUGGCGUUUUUAUAGGUAAAAAGACCAAUGGCCACGGAAUUAUUAAGUGGCAGUCAUUACUAAAACAAAGACAAGCAGUAUCUUUAAGUGGAGAAGCGAUGCACCAUGGACCGUCCAAGUUCACUGCCGUGUGAAAUGGUAGCUGAGAAAACUCUGAGCACUGGUCGUUCUUGGAGUUAGGUGGUUUGUAUCAAAUGAGGAUCGCAAAUGUUCUCUGUGGAAGAAAUAAAAAAAUCAUAAUAAAACUCAUCCUUUAGUGUGCCAGGAGAGGUUUCAGAAAACCUACCUCGUCUUAAAAUUUAAGAAACUUUGAGUCUGUACGUGUGCCUUCUGUGUAGGUCAUUGUCACCACACACACAUGAACACUCAUUCCUGGACUCCCUGCUUUCUUUCUAGGGCAAUUAGUAAAUAAGGCAGUUCUGCCAAAUGGCGUGGGAAGUCAUGGCCUGAUCUGGAAUGACUCCGGAUCAACCAGGGUCAAAUGAGUUCUGCAGACUGCAGCUAUUAAAAGUCCUGUUGUCAUUUUUCACCUUUUCAUCCUAAGUAUCUUUCGGAGAUUAAUUACUUGGCCAUUAAAAGUGAAUCCAAAUCAAAUCAUGCCAACAUCAUCUACACACAAUUUGGAAGGAGCGGCCCAGGACUUCCUGACAAGGUCAUGCUGUCGUUCCUGUGGACUAGACUUGCAGAGGAAGGCGAAAACCCAUCAGCCUGGCCUGGCCUGCUGCUCAGGCCCCUUGAGGCUGUAGGGAGGGGUUGCGAGGGCUGUCGUGAUCAUUUCCUCCUUUUGAGACACUGGCCACCUUCUGACCGUUCAAAACACCCAAUGGGCGAGGCUGUGAUGGGCCUUUCAUCUUCCAGUGCUGACAUCCCACAAAGCAGAAUGACCGCUGGUUCCUGGAGAGUGCGGAGCGGAUUUGUGUGGCUAGGGUGCUGUACUAGAUAACGCACAGGUUCCUCCCGUGAAUCGUCACCGGUUUUGUGAGGGAACACACAAUAAUUCUAAGCGUGCAUUUAAAAGGUCUUGGGUC